AUGGCGUCUGUUGCCCUGGUGCCGAGGGCUGAACAAGACAUCAAGGCCGCGUUGGGUGUCCUCGCCUUGAAUUUUGACCUGAAGGACAAAGUUGUGGAGGAGCUGCUUAAGGUAGGAGUCCGCAACCUGGAGGAAUUCCGGUUCUUAUUCGAGGAUGAGGCCAAGGUGGGUGCUUUCAUAAGCAAGUUAAACUUGGGGGAUGAGGCCACCAUCCAGACAGCCAGGCUUCGAAGGGCUUGGACAGCUACGCGUGUCUACUUUUCGCAGGUGGAACAGGACAGGUCAAAAGUGGCCCUGGCUGACUUGGACUCUCUCCUUGAAGAAUCCGAGCUUCGGGAUGCGAAGCAGGCAUUCUGGCGACGUUACCGCCUGAGGUUCCCGGCUGAAGUCCAUCCUAGUGACGCAGUGGUUUCUAGGGUGUCACGUGAACUCUCCAAGCGUAUGCUCUGCCUCUUCAAUGUGUGGAAGGUGCGCUCCUUGCAGUUCCAGCUUGGCACCACCCAGAAGAGACGUAAGCUGGGCGACGGUUUGUUCACUGAGGAAGCUGAGACGGAGGAGGUCUACACCGCAGAUUGCGAGACCUACCUCAGCAAGCUUCACACCCUCCUCAUUGCGUACGCGCUGGCAGGGGUUCAGCCGAUCCCAGGAGUGCCUGACGCAUCUAAGGAGUUGACCUUGGGUGCCAACUCGACCGAGUUUGUCGAGGUCCCCUUUGACAUCAUGUUGCAGUACUAUUUUCGGGCCAGGAAGGCCGCCUUGGCUUUGCCAAUGGACAAGCGCUUGAGUUGGCUCCAGGCGCGGGAUGCGGAGGAGCGCAGCGAGUGGGUCACCAAGUUUCGGGAGAGUACCCGACCGCUGGGCGCUAUUGUCAAGGACCUCAUGGAAUCUAGAGAUGCUCACUGGAUUCCCCACCUGGUUCCGGAGGCCGUUAGGCCUGCGGCGGCUCCUGCUGCAGCGGCGGCUCCGCCUGCGCCGGCCAAGGUCUUGACAGAGUCCAAGUUCAUUGCGGGCCAGGUGGUCAAUGGCAAGAAAACAGCCCGUCAGAUGAAGGAUGGCACUCGGCUGGUGGACCUUAUGUGCGGCCCGCGGAUGCCGCUGGGCAAGGCGUUUCUCUAUUGCGGGUGGCGUUGCCUGCCCGUUGACUGGGUGCUGGACCCCAGUCACGACUUAUCCCAGCUGGAACGGCAGGAGCUCCUGCGUGAACAGCUCCAGUCGGCUACUUUCGUGGCCGCGGCCCUUGACUGCAGCACGAAGACAAGGUCUCGGGAGAUUCCACGUGACUUCGGCGACCAGCUCCGUGUCUCGAAGGACAACCUGGCCUGUAGCUUCAUCUUGACGGAGCUCGCGGCUCUUGCCUCCCGAGGAGGUGGGAGUGUCCGGGAGAAUCCGGCUCGGAGUCUCCACUGGGAGUUGGCCCAGGAAAAGGAGAUGAUGUCCACCGGUGUGUGGACCGACACCUUUUACUCUGCUUGUUGCUUUAUGGGGGCCAGGUGCAAAGCGCAGAGGUUGCGGCAUAAUAUCGAGGAGAUCGAUCAGUGGCCGUCCCUGACCUGUCACCACACACACAUGAAAGGGGAGUGGGACCCCUAUGUCCAAGGAGGCCAGCGUGUCUACCCCUCGUCUGAAGAGGCGGAGUACACUGCUUCCCUUGCGUUCGGGAUCGCUGUGUCUGUCUCCUGGUGGGCAGCUAGGCGGGGUUUCGGCAAGUUGCAUGUCCCUCGUUUCCCUUUAGUUGAGGUGGCGGGCCGUCGGGAGCAUUGGGUGGAUAUUGACCCGCGGGCCCUGCGAGAGUGGGCCAUGGCCCCGACCGCUGUUUCCCUUGGGCUUCGCCCUCUUCAUCCUGCGGAGCGGGCGCGCACGCCCGAGCGUGUCCGAGUGGCUGAUGUGCUCUUGGAGGAUAAGACCCUGCCUGCAGGAACAGUGUACGUUGGCUUAGGGCAUCAUAGCCACCGUCUCCCGGUCACCAAGUGGGCUUCUCCUUUCAUCCCAGGCCGCAAUUGCGACCCAGCUGUCUGGCUUCCCUUGUACGUUGGGCACAUUAUGCAGCGCUUGGCGGCUGACUUGCACGAGCUAUCCGGCUGCGUGCUGGCCUGCGACUGUGAGCUUAGUGCCACGAGCGAAGGGGAUGUGCUGGCUGGCUUGGUCUUCGAGUAUGGUGGCAACCCUGCUCGCGCCAAGAGAGCGAAACAGGGCAUUGCUCCGCGAGGGGUCCGCCAGGUUCUGGCAGCUGCGGCUGCUCUCCCUCCGACCGUUGGGGCGGUGAUCCCCUACAUGGCGCAGGAAUCCGUGGUCUCCGCAUUUUGCUCUCUCUACCCGCCUCAUUUCUUUGAAGGCUUUCAGUUUCCUAUGAUCGAGGACCUCAUCAACCAGCCGCCUUUCACCAAUUUUCCGCAGUGGCUUCGGCAUCAGGGUCUUCGUUGGGAUGGGCCACUGGUGCCCAUGUUGGCUUCUCCGCAGCAGCGACUUCUUGCACGCGCCGCAGAAGGCCAACAGGCUGGGGCGUUGUCUGGGAAGCCUCCGUUGCACCCUUUCGGCCUCUCCUGCGAUGAGCAUUUUGCCCGCAGUCUCGCACGGGCCGAUUGCCCAUUGCCCACUGAGCAGCCCCCUCUCAUGGAUCUGGACCUACAGUUCGCAGCGGAUGCCAUGGCACGGGAUUUUGGCCAUCUUCGUAAGGUUCGGCAGCGGGCCUUGCGAGCGAUUCGUGAACUAAAGGAUCGAUGGACGCGGGUGUCGACCCGGCUCCGUCACUUGCAGCCUCCGGCCAUUCGGGCGGCUACCAGCAAGCGUGACUUGGGCUUGUUGGGCUUGCUCGUCAUCCUUAUGUCCUGGGGGGAUGUGGCGAUGCCCUGUGGUUUCAUCGAAGGCUUGCCAGCAGUUGGGUUGGCGCCGCCCUAUGGAAUCUUUCCGCAGCAGCCUGCCCUGCCGCUCACAUUGAAUGACGUUUUCUUCGAUUGUCAAGCGCACAAUGCCGAGAUCCUGUCGUCCCUCAAGCCAGGGCCGCACGAUGAGUUCUUGCUCAGUCAAUCUGUGGCCGACGCUGAAGCGGGGUUUUGUACAGCUCCCAUGACGUGGAACCAGCUCCAGAGGCACACGCAAGGGAAGCCUAUCCGGUUGAUCCCUCGUUGCGUCAUUCGCCAGUCUUCAGGCAAACAGCGCAUUAUCGACAACGCGCAUGCAGGUGGGCAGUCCGCCUUCAGUGCCGAGUCCAACAAGUUGGUGCUGUGCUCGGCUCUGCGCCCUGCACAGCAUGCCUCUCUGGCCCUCUCCGCGCUCGGUGUCGACCAAGCGCGAAAAGUGCUGCAGGAAGACGGCCUAGAGGGCGGCGGGGAGGACUGGCCUAACGCGUACAGACAUUGCCCGAUGUCCGCAGAUGAGUCGCGGGCGUGUGUGGUGUGCUGGCAUCACCAGGAAUGGGGGUGUCCGGCUUUUCAGCUAUACACCGGGCUCCUCUUCGGCUUGCCCCUGGCGGUCACAUCCUUCAACCGAUACUCCCGAUUUUGCGAGGCCUUGGGGCGGAGACUGCUUGUGCUGCUGGUUUCCAUGUAUUUCGACGAUGCACACAUCACAGACUGGGCGUCCAGCAAAGGCUCUGGACAGCAGGCCUUCCGCGAGCUCAAUGCCCUUUUGGGGUCGCCGUUUGCGGAUGAUAAGCGGCAGGCGCCCACAGGCACUUUCUUGGGUUUGGACUUCGACUUCUCUACGGUGGCGGUGGAGGGGGCUGUAACCUUUUGGGUCCGGACAAGGCUCCAGGAGAAGGUUGAGGACAUGUUGGCAACCGCGGAGCAGACCGGGGUGUUGCCCCCAGGGGUGGCCUCCAAGCACGGCACCCUCAACUUUCUUGAGAUGGGCGUGUGUGGCCGUGUGGGCACUGGCGGACUCCAGGCCUUGAAGCUCCGCCAGUCCGAACCCACUUCUGCCCUUACUCCCGAGUUGCGCCAAUCCAUUGAGGCUAUCCGGGCCGUGUUGAGCUUGCGCCCUAAACGGCAGGUGGAGGUCCUGCCGUCGCAGGCCCGUCGAUUCGUGGUAGCUUCUGAUGCUGCGGAAGAUGUCCCAGGCGAAGGGACGGGAGGUUUCCUCUUGGUCUGGCGAAGUGGAUCGCCCGCGCGAGAGGCCUUCGUAGCAGAGAUCUCUCCAGCAGUCUACUCGUUGUUCACCCCAGGGGACCACAAGAUUGCGCAACUCGAGCUCUCCAUGAUUCUGUAUGCCGUCACGUCUCGGGCCUCGCGCUUUCGAGGCGCCCGCGGAAUAUGGUACAUCGAUAAUGUCGCCGCCCUUAUGUGCCUGAUCAGAGGGCGUAGCGACUCACCCGAUUUGGAGCGCAUGGCGCACCUCAUCCAUGUAGCCCUUUUCGCGCUUCAAACGUGGAUCUACUGGGAGUGGAUCCCCAGUAAGUCCAACUGGGCGGAUUCCAUCAGCCGUCUUGGGUGGCAGGACCGAUGGCAUCGCCUCCAAGGAUUUCAAUGCUACUCUGCCCAGUUUCCGGCUUCACUCUGGCGCCUGCCUCUUCGACCCGUCACUCUUGUCUUCGAGUUUUUGUAG